CAGCGAAUGGUCUGGUGGAACGUUUCCAUCGACAACUGAAAAGCUCCCUUAUGGCACAAGCUGACUCAUCUAAGUGGAGUGAACACCUACCAUUAGUUCUUCUCAGUAUCCGAUCAACUGUAAAAGAAGAUUUGGGAUGUACACCAGCUCAACUUGUGUAUGGUACUACCCUCACAUUGCCUGGUCAGUUAGUUCCGUCUAAUGAUUCAACUGAAGUAAAUAUCUCCGACUUCACCAACCGCCUUACCCAGCAAAUGCUCCAGCUUCGACCAGUAGCCCCUCGCCAAUCACUUCACAAAGCUCAAGUUAACAAGAGUCUACUCACUAGCAAAUUUGUAUUUGUUCGCGUCGAUGCCAUUAGAAAAGGUUUACAACAUCCAUAUGAAGGUCCUUUUCUAGUACUUAAACGCACCGAUAAAUACUUCACGCUGAACAAACAUGGUAAACCGGAGACUGUUUCUAUCGGUCGUCUUAAACCAGCGUACACCGACAGCGAAUAUGAAACACUACCAACGCCGGCACCAAUAAACAAUCAAAAAGUCAAUGCAACUCCAACUCUCCCGCUAUUCACACUUCCCCCUGUACAAACACGCAGUGGACGGCAGAUCUGUAAACCUGCCCGCUAUGUUCAUUUUAUUGACUGACAUAAAAAAAGUACGUUAACCUCAUUUAGACAUACUUCUCAUUACUAUUGUUGUUGACAUUCAUUUCAUUAUAACCAUAAAUAUUUAUUAGUAUUAUUGUUUGCUGUUCGUUAACUGUACUGCAAGCACACGCAUUCACCAAGUAUAUGUAUAUAUAUAUUUAUAUAUGAAUUUCACAAAUGUUAACAAAC